CUGUCAAUAUUCCACUACACCAGAAGUAUAAAAUACAUGCCAAAGUGCUCUAUCCUUUACACGAACAGGUCCUUGGCUUAUUUCAAAAUCGGGUCCUUCCAGGAGAGUCUCGAAGAUGCUCUCAAAGCCAAGGAGCUAGACAAAGACAAUCUGAAAAGCUACUAUCGAAUUUGCGAAGCGUACAAUGCAUUGAAGGACGAAGAAAAUUACAAGAAAUAUGAAAGACUGUACAGGGAGAAGAAAAGUAGCAAGGGGGGAUAUACGAAGAAGGACGGAGAGAUGACUCAUUCUCGGGAAAAACGAAUAGAUAAUGAUUCCCCUACGAGUGGGAGUCCACUCCUGAAGGAAACAGCCUCAGGAAUGACGAAGCAGAAGGGAAUCAAAAAAAGCGACGAGCUAAUGCACCUUGGCGAAACGGACCACACGAACAGAUUUGUCUUUAUGAAUCAACCCGAGAUAAAAGACGGAGUAUCUAAUUUCUCAUUUGAAAAAAAAAAAUACAGAAAUAAUUUCCUCAUAGAAGAAGUCUACGAUUUUGACGUGAACAGGAAAGGGAAGAAGGACCUCACCAAUGGAGACACGCCGAAAAAAAAAACAGGCAACACUUCGAAGAACGGUGCUCUUGCUGAUGGGGGCUCCCAGAAGAAGCCCCUAGUGGACACAGCUGACCUCCUUCACGAUGUCGAACUGUUUGUAGACCUCUUUGGAGACCUCUUUGGAGACCUCUUUGGAGACCUCUUUGGAGACACAUCCAUGCACCCCAUGUCAAUCAUUUCUGUUCCCAUUGAAAAGGAAACAAAAAAAGGAAAAAUGUGUUAUUACCAUAAUUUCGAUUUUAAAACUUUGAAAGGGAAAGCAGACGAGCUUUUCGCGGAGAAGAAAUUCGACCGAACGCGGAAUAUACUACUGCACAGUGCUCAGCAACAGAAGCGCCUGCCACGUCGAAAUGAAGAAAAUUCGGAGCGCCCUCUGCGAUGUGAGCAAGACGCUCAAGAGGAUAUAAAGCGCUCCAGGGAUGCAGAGGCCCCCUCACCCGGUGCAUACGAACAGACGGUAGCAUUCCUUCCAACAGACAUGGAGGUUUAUAAAGACCCCAAGGGAAUCUACUCCCAGGCACACAAACUGGUACUAAAGCUACUAUUCAGAUAUGUGAAAUUUUCACACUUGUAUAGAAAAAAUGGGUUCAAGGUUCCGUCUCUCCAUCAG